GCUGCACCGAACACUCUGACUCGCUCCUGUGUGUCUUCAGACCAGGGGAGACCCUCACAUGUUGCUGGCCCCUGCCUAUUUCGGAGUAGAAAGGGAGGGGUUUAAGGAGGAGUCGCUGGCUUGACCGAAGGGGAACGGAAGACCAAGGUGAUGCAACUUCUCUCAACUAAAUACUGGAGGAAGAAAAGAAACUUAGACCCAACGCGCAUCCGUAUAGACUCCAUCCUGAUGGCCGAGGGCUCACCUACGCAUAGAAAAGUUUCUGGAUUAGGGCAGAAUUAACACAAAGCAGCGACGCCACUCCAGCUACACUCACAAACAACGCAGGAGAGGAAAGAGGGGGGACAGAGACAGAAGCGAGCGACGCGACGGGGUGAAGACACUCGAGUGAACCUCGGCCACCUCAGAAAACUUCCAAAUCCGACAGACGAGUCCAUCCCAGACAGAGAGAGACAGAGAGGCAGAGAGAGAGGCAGAGACGGCAGCAGAGAGGAUCUUUGCCGACAAGGUCCUGAAGGAUGGAAGAGAAGCAGUUGAACGGAGCAGUUCCAGGAGAGCCAGUGAAGAAGGAUGAAAACUCCCGGAGAGGGAACUGGGGCAACCAGAUUGAAUUUGUCCUCACCAGUGUGGGCUACGCUGUGGGCCUGGGCAACGUCUGGAGGUUCCCCUACCUCUGCUACAGGAAUGGAGGAGGUGCCUUCAUGCUGCCAUAUUUUAUCAUGCUGGUGUUCUGCGGCAUCCCUCUCUUCUUCCUCGAGCUUUCCUUUGGUCAGUUUGCCAGCCAGGGCUGUCUUGGAGUCUGGAAGAUCAGCCCUAUGUUCAAAGGUGUGGGCUACGGCAUGAUGGUGGUGUCCACCUACAUUGGGAUCUAUUACAAUGUGGUCAUUUGCAUUGCCUUCUACUACUUUUUUAAGUCUAUGACAAACCUUCUUCCGUGGACCUACUGCGGCAACCACUGGAACACACCAGACUGCUCCGGGGUUGUUAACCCCAGUCAACAGUUCAACGCUAGCCUGGCAAAUGCCACCACCAGCCUGGCAGUAGGCGUGAACGAGGUUGUCAACCGGACCAAGAGGACGAGCCCCAGCGAAGAGUAUUGGAAACACUACGUGCUGAACAUCUCUGAUGACAUUGGGAACUUUGGAGAGGUCCGGCUUCCUAUCCUGGGCUGCCUGGCCAUAUCCUGGUUUGUUGUCUUCCUCUGUCUCAUUAGGGGUGUAAAAUCUUCUGGAAAGGUGGUGUACUUCACUGCCACAUUCCCCUACGUAGUUUUGACCAUCUUGUUCAUCCGUGGAAUCACUCUGGAUGGAGCCAUCAAUGGCAUCAAGUACUACCUGACUCCACAGUGGCAGAAGGUCCUUGAUGCAAAGGUUUGGGGAGAUGCUGCCUCACAGAUCUUCUACUCCCUGGGUUGUGCCUGGGGGGGUCUCAUUACCAUGGCUUCCUAUAAUAAGUUCCACAACAACUGUUUCAGAGACAGCAUCAUCAUCAGCAUAACCAACUGUGCGACCAGCGUGUACGCCGGCUUCGUCAUUUUUUCCAUCCUGGGCUUCAUGGCGCACCACCUGAACGUCCCUGUGUCGGAGGUGGCAGACCACGGACCGGGCCUGGCCUUUGUCGCUUACCCAGAAGCCCUCACUCUGCUCCCCAUCUCACCACUCUGGUCACUGCUUUUUUUCUUCAUGCUCAUCCUUCUGGGACUGGGGACUCAGUUCUGUCUGUUGGAGACCCUGGUGACGGCCAUCGUGGACGAGAUCGGCACAGACUGGAUCAUCAGGAACAAGACGGUGGUCACGCUGUCAGUGGCCAUAGUUGGUUUCCUACUGGGAGUGCCACUAACAACACAAGCAGGAAUCUAUUGGCUGUUACUGAUGGACAACUAUGCUGCUAGUUUCUCUUUGGUCAUCAUCUCCUGCAUCAUGUGUAUCUGCGUCAUGUAUGUUUAUGGUCACAGGAACUACUUUAAGGAUGUCGAGAUGAUGCUGGGCUUCCCCCCUCCUCUCUUCUUCAAAGUCUGCUGGAGAUUCAUCUCCCCCGUUAUUAUCUCUUUCAUCCUGAUCUUCACAGUGAUCCAGUACAAGCCCAUCACUUACAACGACUACGUGUAUCCCGGCUGGUCUUUGGCUAUCGGCUUUGCCAUGGCUCUGUCCUCGGUGGUCUGCAUACCCAUCUAUGCCCUCUACAAGAUCUCAAGGUCCCCAGGAGCCACCUUUAGAGAGCGGUUGAAGUACGCAUGCCGAGCACAUCCAAAGUGGGGCCCCGCCCUCCAGGAGCACCGGACAGGCCGCUACGCCCCCAUGGCUUCUGAAGACACCGUGGAGGCCCGUCCCCUGAAGGAGAAGGAGGAGCUGAAGGAAGAGCAGAAGGAGGACGAGAAGGAGAAGGAGAAGGAGAGGGAGAGGAAGGAUGAGAUCAGCCUCACCAUCCAGGGAAGCAACGGCUCCACCAACACACACAACAACCCCAACCCCAGCGCAUAGACGCCCCCCACCCCCACCCACGCUCGGUCAGCACUAGCGGGCACGGCGCCCCAACCCGUCACCUCCGUCUUCUCCCCUUUUCCUCCCCUCUCCUCCAUCCUCACCCCACUUUCCCACAGUCUUCUGUGGGGGAGAUCCCAUUCACUGGAGACCUUUACAUAUUGUAAGGGCUUAUUAUAUCUAUCCUAACCUCUUCUGUCUAUCUAUCUGUGUGUUGUCUCUAGAUAAGCGAAGGAAAAAAAAAUCGAAAGGAAGAAAAAAAAAUUGGGUCAUCAUCCAAAAGAUCUGUGUGUACAGUGUGUUGGUGUGUGUGUGUGAGCGGGUGAGUGAGUUGUUAAUUUGUUCCACAUAAUUUAAUAAUGCAGUUUGUUUUUUCCUUUCAUUUUUUUGUAAACCAUGUAUAUGUCAUCUUCAUAUGCAGUUAGAGGUACAGUAGAUUGUGAAGCUGCAUGUGUUCGUUUUGUGCAUGCAGCUGAUUAGAGACACACACUGUUCUCCUUUACCCUGUUUAGCUGGUUGUGUUUGGGAUGGGUGAUUGGAAAGCUGGAGACUUUUUUUUUGCGGUACUGUGACAUAGAGAGAGGGAGGGAAGGUGGGUAGACUGCGCCUGUACUGGCCAUUUACAGUCCGAUGAUGGUAAAAGAUGGAAAUAAGUCCCAUUCUCUAGCCAGAAAAAGAGGCAGAUACACUCAUACACUUUUACAGCGUAUAUUUUACAACACACAGUGACCUCAAUCAUAGUUGAUCUCAACUUAAGACUAAGCCUGUCGUUUUUUUUUUUUAUGCUGCUUCUUAUAAAAGAAAAAGUUCUCCAGAGCACAAAUAUUUAACACCCGAGAUAGUGACUGACACCUAGAGCUGAGUUUCUGUGGACAUUUCCUCCAGUAGUGACUUUUCUUGGCCCAUUAAAGCUGCUUAAACUCAGCUGAGAGCCAUCAGUGAACUUUAACUGUACUGUAACCCUGCAUUCACACAGACUUAUGCACACAUACGCGCACACAAAGUUUAUUUGUUCUGGACAGCAGUGGUCCCCGUGCCCAUUUCUCAGGGUCCAAGUGGAGGUAAACUUUACGGUUCCUCGCCUGUGGAAACCUUCCUGGCCUGCUUAGAAUAGAGGGACCAAAACCACCUGACUUUCCCUGCUGUUGACAAAACACCUACACAUAUACACAAAAAACAAAUAAAUAAAAAAGGUGGAUGCAACUCUGUAAACAGAAGUGCCAUCUCUUCCUAAGUCUUCCAGGCAUUCUUUUUGAGUGAAAUGCAUCGUGGGAUGUGGUCUGUGGUCUGUGAAAGAGAAGCUUGGAUAGAAAGUCUGUCGUAGUUGGUGUCUCCCAUGGAUCGUAGCAAACUUUCCCGUUCAGACAUGCCACCAAAAACAUUACCGAAGUUACCUGCACAUGUUUUUGGUAACAUGUGUCUCAGAGACUGAUAUGCAGGUCCGUCUCUUACAGUCAAUGGAACCUUUAAUGUAUUUACGGAAUCUUUUAGUAAAACUCUCCGUUUUUGAAGCUCUGAGCCGAGCUGUGCUGUAACUGACGGAGAGGCAGGAAGCAGAGAGAAGCUGCUUGUUUUCAGAGUAACUCUUCAGUGUUAAAACUUAUGUAGUCUUAAAUGUAGCUGCAUAGUAUUGUUGUCUCAGUAGACGUCUCCUUUUUACCUCUCAUUAUUGUAAAGUAACUUAGUAAAUAAUAAUAAAGCACAGCGUAUGUUUAUUUUGUACAAAAAAAUAAAAACUACAGAAUCAGAAUUAACCAUGUUUACCAUUCCUCAUAUGUGACUUGAUAUAUUUUGAUGGAGGUGUGGGAUACAGCAGAGAGGGCUCUCAUUAGCACGCGGGGUUAGGUUUCCCAAGGGCGCCCGAUUGGAAAGCGUCCACUGUGUCGUUGUAGCAGCGUGGCGGCAGAGGUUAAUGGAAUUAUAAAGACAGAACAAACACAUGCUCAAGAUCCUCAGAUGUUUUUUCAGACAUUUGUUCAGAUGGUAGGGAGAUGGGUUUAGUCUCCCAGGUGGGGAGAAUUUGGGGGAUUGCUUUAGCUCUGGCGCUGUUGCUUCACAAUGUAUUUCAAGUUUGUGAGUGGUCAGUUCCUCAGUUUGGAUACUGGCAGGGCUAUUAUACUAGUGUGAGCAUUGAACAUAUUAACAUAAUGCACAAUAUUGUAUACUGCAUGUUGACUUUUUUAGCUUAGCAUAAAGAUUUUCUGAAGUGCAGGUUUGAAGCUCAGUAAGGUGCUGCGCCGGUGGCCGCCAUCUGUGUCUGACUCCACCGGGCCAGGACAACGGACAGAUAGGUGGAGUUUGAGUGGAGCAGAGGCGGGCAGUAGACCCCUAGUCAGGCGGAUAGAAACUUGUGAUGGCAACCACCUGUCACCCAUAAUUAUGCAUGACCUUAAGCCUUGAUGUAAUUUAAACAGGUGAGUUAACUGGGCAUUUUAACAUGGAGAUCAAUAGGGAUCGACUUGUUUUUAGAGCUAAACCUCAGUGAGCAUUUGAAAAGCUGCAGUUUUGGGCAGUUCUUCUUGCAUGUUGACUUCAUCUCAUGAUAUCUUUCUUGUUUAAUAUGCAAAAAAACCCAUUUCUUGUUGCCUGGCAACAGGUGUUGGCCAAGAGAUAGUCUGGUAAAUAAUGUUUUUAAUGACCAGUCUGUUGUACAAUGGAGAUAUAAUCCCCUAAAGAUGAAUUUUGGACAGAGCCACACUGAAGUCUUUAUGCUUAGCUAAUAUAUAGGCUACCUUGAUGCUAGCUGCAGCACCAUAUUUGCAGUUAGGCCCAGACAUAUUUGGACAGUGACACGAUCUUCAUGAUUUUGGCUCUACAUGCUACCAGUUCAAGUGGUUAAGCAAAAAUAUCCGACGAAACAUUAAGGAAUAGCAACCAUUUUAAAACAAAGUCUCCUCAUUUCAGAGGCUCAAAAGUAAUUGGACAAAUUAACAGUAGCCUACCACGAAUAAAAUCCUUUGCAGGUAAUGACUACCUGAGGUCUGGAACCCAUGGAUCAACAAAGGCUGGGUUUCCUCUUUUGUAAUGCUUUGCCAGACCUUUUACUGAAGCUGUCUUCAGUUGUUGCUUGUUUGUGGGUCUUUCUGCCUUACGUUUUGUCUUAAGCAAGUAAAAUGCAGCUCAGUUAGCUUGAGAUAUGGUGACUGACUCAGACAUUGCAGGAUAUUCCACUUCUUAACCUUAAAAAUCUCCUGCGUUGAUUUUGCAGUUGGGUUUGAGUCAUUGUAUAUUGGCACUGUGAAACACUGUCCAAUAAACUCUGGCUGAAUUUGAGUAGAAAAUAUAUCCCUUCUGUCACAUCCUCAAUAAACACUGGUGACCCAGUACCAUUGGAAGCCCUGCAUGGCUAUGCAUCGCACUGCCACCACCAUGCUUUACAGAUGUGUUUUACUUUGGAUCAUCAGCUGUUCCAAGCCUUCUGCAUAUGUCUUUCUUCCCCCCAUCCUGGUAGAGGUUCAUCUUAGAUUCAUCUGUCCAAAGAAUGCUGUCCUAGAACUGGGCUGGUGUCUUUUGAUGUUUAUUGACAAAAUCUAAUUUGGCCUUUCUAUUGUUGAUCCUGAUUAAUGGUUUGUGCAUUGUGGUGAAGCCACUGUAUCUACACUCUAGUCAUUGGUAGUCUUCUGUUUAUUGUAGACCUAGGUACUGACACACCUACUUCCUGGACAGUGCUCUUCACUUGGUUGGAUGUCGUGAGGGGUUUUUCUUCACCUUGGAAAGGAUCUUGCAGUCAUCCACCACUGCUGUUUUCCGUAGUUGUCCAGGCCUUUUUGAGAGCUCAUCAAUGUGCUCUUUUUUUUUUUCUCAGAAUGUACCAAACCAAUGAUUUGUCCACCCCUAAAACUUCAGCUAUCUCUCAGAUGGAUAUUGGUUUUUUUUUUGGUCUGCUUUCAUUGAGAUCUCCUAUGACUACACGUUGUGGGUUCACAGCAACACCUUCCAAAUGCUAAUGCCACACCUAGAAUCAACUCCAGACCUUUUGCCUGCUUAAAUAAUGAAGGAUUAGCGAGGGACUAGCUUUUCAGUCAACUUUCCAAUUACUUUUGGUCCCUUAAAAAAGAGGCAGCUGCAUAUUAAAUAGCUUUAAUUCCUAAACCCUUCUUCCAGUUUGGAUGUAAAUACCCUCAAAUUACAGCUGAGAGUCUGCGGUUUUAGCCCACAUUGAAUAUACAACUGUAUCUUGAACAUGUUUUGACCAACAGCUAAAAUAACAAAACUUGUGUUGGUGACGAAACAGGGACCUAACUGUAGCUAACAGACAUAAGCGUGGCAUUGACCCUCUUUUGUAACUCUCAGCAAGACAGUAAAUAAGAACAUUUGCCCAGAAGAGCAAAUGACUAUUGACAGAAUAGUACAUGUGAGUGAUUUUUCAGCUUAAUUCGAGCACAGCGUCAGACUGAAUUUGCACAUGCUUUUGCCACUAUUCUCCAUGAUUGUGUGUAUACAUAGUGUUUUGUUUUUUUGUUUUUUUUUUACCAUGGCAGUGUGGUUGCUUUUAUAAUCUACAGGAUGACACUCAGGAUAGUAGAGGCACAAAGGAGGCGUAGCUGGCAACUGGGCACAAAAAGCCCAGCAGGCACAAGCACGUCAAGGAAGCAGCAGUGAUGAAAAGGCCAGUGUUAAGCACAGGAGCUCAAUAAUUGUGAACCAGGAUAAACACAGUGAGCAUUCUGAAACAAGCACAAGCAUUUGUAUCCAGGUUUAUAAGUGAUUUAUACAGGAAAAUAAUAGAAUGUGUUCUCAUAGAUGAAGAAAUGUAGCUUUGGUUGGUAGCUAGUGGUCUGCUUCUGGCUCAUUCACAAACUACUCACACCACCCAUAAAGUAUUUUGUAAUAAUUUUAAUGAAAUCACUGAAAAACCAGGUGCUGUAUGAAACAAUACAUUGUCCACAUUCUAAAGACACAAUGUUGCUUUUUCCGAAACGCUAGGAAGUCCCCUUUCUAAAUGAGAGAUAUGAGGUUAUUCUCAGUGUAUAUUGGGACAGCUCGUAGCUCAGACCAAGUCAUGUUUGCGAUUGCCUGUCUCGUGCAUUCAUGUUGUAAUAAGUGAAGCUUAGCCGCCCUGCGAUCUCUCUACAUAUCCCAGCCCUCGCCAUCUCUGCUGGCCCUGCAUCUCUUCCUCCCAUUGUACAGUAAUGUAAAAAAACAAAAAAAACAAAAAAAAACUAUAUAAUCGGACUGUGUGCGUGUUUCUCAUUGCUUUUACUUUGGGGAGUGGGUCAGUAUGUUUUUCGCUAGUCGGGGGAGGGCGGGUAUCGAUCGAUUCGUUUUUUGAUUUGUCGUUUUUUUCUUGUAGUGUAACGUAGACGAUGUCAGGUGCAUUGUGUAUGCUGUGUGUAGUGGAUUAGCUCUUACUGCUGAGCCUGCAUGUAGAGCAGGUGUAGUGUCAGUGUUGAUGUCCAUGUACCUCUAAUCUAUCAGAACUAGCCGAGUCCUAUUCUAAUAACAUACAGUCUAUCUUUAAAGAAAAAAAAACAUUUUGUACUAAAAGAAGAGAACUACUUAUUUUGUCUUCAGAUUUUAAUCACUGUUUAUCCAUGUUCAAUGACACUACUUGUUUUUGUUCGUUUUUGAAGUUGUAUUCAUAGAAAAUUAAGAUAAACCCGGCUGAUAUUAAAAGCAUUGCCAAACAAAAAGCUUUGGAUCGAAACUUGAACUACAAAAGAAUGGCUAAUUUUUACUGUGUGCUCUGGUGUAGAAGGCGGCUGCAGAUACGUGACUUUACUUAUUUUCAGUUUUCAUGUGUGUAUGUGUUUUUUUUUUUUUUUUUUUUAACAGUCUUACAUCUACUCCAAGCUAUUUCACACGGUGCAGUCAUUCACCACUGUUUCUCUUUAAUAUCAUGUGGCCCUUAAACUGAAUAGAUUGGCUGUUUCUUUCCAAGUUGUUACAAAAAAAAAGAGAAAAAAUCUAAACACCAAAAUUACUCUGCAACCAGGACUGAAUCAGCAUCAGGAACUCACAUUUUCAUUCUUGUGCUUAACAUUGUUAGAAUCGUUUUAUGUGGACAUUUUAGGCAAGUAAUGCGGCAGUUCAAAGUUCAAUUUCUUCCAUCCAGACCUGAAAAUAGUAUUGAUUGGCCCAGAUCUUUAAAUAUUAAUGCGCCCUUGCUUAGUGUCACUGUACACCUAGAACGGAACCGAGGCAAAGGUUCGGACCAUUUCUGUGCACAAAUUCCUGGCACGACUGCUGAAACGUAAAACAAAACUGUGAUUUCACCUUGCUUCUGUGGUUCUCUGUGAUUACAGAACGUUACCUCUUGAAAUUCUUACCACUGCUCAUAUAAGAAUAAUCUCAUGUUACGCAGCACUUUAAAGAAACCAUUAGUUUAUAAGCAACAGGAAAUAUACAGUAUCUAUAUCUAUACAUAUAUAUGUAGUUGCAAUAAUACACCACAUUUCUAUUUUUUUUUUUUUUUUUUUUUUUUUAGAGGAGAGAGGGGACAAAAGUAAAUAAAAAAAAUAUCAGCGGUCUGGUUGAAAGAAACCACGUGUUGUUGCUAUGCCAACGUGAGCCGUUUCAUGGGAGAACUGGAGAGGAAAAGCACAAGUGAGGAGAGAGAGCACAGAUGCUCUGGUACCUUCUAUCAUAUCUAUCAGUCUAUCUAUCUAACCAUGUCUGUUCUACUCGUUCUUCAACCUUUAGGGCCAAAAUCCAUUGAAAUGUCUUUAGUCCUGUCAGCUGUAUAUCGUAAACUGUUGAAUUACAAAAUGGUAAAUAAAAUCUAUUUUAAAGAUCA